AUGUCGAAACUCGUGGGCCAGCUGGCAAGAACAACAACGACCUCUUUGAUCGUUCUCAGACAACUAAUCUGCAGAACUCCGCUGUUGUACGUCAAUAGCAACGGUUGGUUACGGUAUUACUGUAGUAGUCACAAUGAAGACGUUACUGACGAUGAUGUUCAAGUCAAAGAUUUCAUCGACAGGCAGCUGAAACUAGCUCCAAUGGGCCACCAGGUGAUGGUCAUUCAGCCAUACAUCAAAUGGGGCACGAAAAAAGACCGGAACACACCACCAGCAAUUAAGCUGGCGGAGAGCAAAUCGCUGGUGCAUACACUGGACGACUGGAAAAUUGUAGAUGAAAUGCAAGUAGGCUUGACGUCGUUCCGAAAACACUCGUUUUUUGGCCCGGGAAAUUUGGACCUAAUCGCUCAAAAGGUCAGAGAGAAUAAACGGAUCUCCGCCAUUUUCGUUAGCACUAACGUGCUGAAGCCAGCCCAGCACCAAACACUGGAGAACCAGUUUAAGGUGCCUGUCUAUGACAGGUACUUGAUCGUUGUUCAGAUUUUUCGCCGGCAUGCCAUUACCAGGGAGGCAAAACUACAGGUGGCCCUAGCCGAGGUACCGUACAUCUGGUCCCGGAUACGGGGCGUCCAGGAAGGAUACGCUGAACGACUAGGUACUGAGGCGGGUCAGAUAGCACUUGGUGGUAAUCUGCCGUUUGACGACAAAAAAAAUCUGCUUAAACAAUAUGAGAAAAAAUUAAAGAAGUCAAUUGAUAAAUUGCGAAGCCACCGGGAACACCUCCGGUAUGGUAGAAAGAACAGGGACCUCCCUGUAGUGGCUGUAGUUGGGUAUACCAAUGCUGGCAAGACGUCCCUAGUGAAAGCCUUGACUGGUGAUUCCGUAUUGGUUCCCAAAAACUGUCUGUUUGCCACACUUGAUGUGACUGUACACGGCGGUAUAUUGCCGUCCAACAUGAAAGUUCUAUUUGUAGAUACCAUAGGUUUCAUAUCAGACAUACCGACUAGGCUAAUCGAACCAUUUGUUGCUACAUUAGAGGAUGCCAUGUUUGCUGACGUAAUUGUCCAUGUUCGGGACAUAUCUCAUCCAAAUGUCCAGGUACAGAAGGAACAUGUGGAGAAUACAUUGAAGAGUCUGAGUAUCGACCAAAGACUAUUGGAGGAUGUCAUUGAUGUUGGUAACAAAGUCGAUCUUGUGGCGGAGACCACCGAGAGUGACAACGGUAGUUCAGUGUUUGUGUCAUGCACCACUGGUGUUGGCUUGGAUGAGCUUAAGAGCCAAAUAGAGAAACGGAUAAUCGCAGUGACAGAUCGACGCCAAAUAAAAAUCAGAGUACGCACUGGUCAGGAUGAGUAUGAGUGGCUGAGGGCACACACUGCAAUAGUUGCAAUUGAACCAGAUGGAGAGCAUUCUGUUCUUGAAGUCAUUGUUACCAAGUCAGAUUUGGAUGUGUUCAAAAGUUUGUUCAUACGUAAGAAUAUGAAAAGUUAG